ACAAGAAGCCACGCCCAGUCACUCGAGUGUAAUUACGUUGCUUGUUUCCGAGCUUGAUCAUUUCAAGUUGAUUCUCAUGGCUGUAGCCUGUCAAUGGGAAUCGGACAUAAGAGGGGUUCCUCGUGGAAGUUGUAGAGAAUGCGAUUGUCAGUUAUUUCAAUGUGGAGAGGGUCUAGUUUGUGCCAGAUGUAAACAUCCACCAGGGAAGCAUGAGAAAAUGUUGAAUGAGUCACCCAUCACACCAUCUUACUCAGAGGUUGUUUCCUCUGCCAGGCCCAGAGUCAAUACUGGUAAAGAUAGCUGGCCCAUUUGUUCUAACUGUGACAAGCGUGUUUUUUGUGACAAAAAUUUAGGAUUUUUUAUCUACUGCUCUCCUAAUUGUCGUGAUGAACAUGCACUGCCAGAAUAUGAUAAGAAACUAAAACAAGACGUAAACAAGAUUCGUAUGCCAAUCAUACCACAUCCACAAAAAAUUAUUGUGACUAUGGAAACAAAACCUAAAGCCCCCACUGGAUUUCUUUUUAUACCAGAUCAAGAUAAAAAAAAAGUUGCAAUCAUUGGAGCUGAAACUCCAAAUGCAAUUGAUUUCUUUCGAAGGGAAGAAGUCAAUAUUCAUGAUAUGGUUAUUGAGGUUAACGGUACGAACAUCAAAGAGGUUUAUGAAAUUGAAACCAUAGUUUCACCAAAAACUUUUAUUAAGCUGGUAGUUAUUAGGGACCCUGCUUUCAAUAUAAAACUGGGCCAUUUAAUUGAAAAAAUACAUGGUUCGUUUAAAAAGAUUGUUUUUUUAGAAAAAACUUAUGAAUUUGGAAUAGAAAUAAAGGAAGGCAAUAAACUGCAAGUAAAAAAUGAGAGUUUGGCUUAUCAUUCCGGAUUAAGAAACAACGAUACAGUAAAGUGUAUUGCUGAGGCUACUAAUACUGAAAUACAGGAUGUACAUCAUAAAUCCUUCAGUCAACUGUUAGAGAGGAAUGACCAUCUUUAUAAUUUAAUUAUAAUUGUUAAUUAAUAAAGUUAAACUGACUCAUUUGAUAUUUUAUUUUUCAUUUACGAGGAUGUGUUAUCAUAACUUUGUAUACAAACUA